AUGCAAGGACAACCAGAAGCACUGCUCGCCGGUGAUCCGCUAGGAGCACUUGAUGGGCAACAGGGACAAGCUGAUCCCGUCAUUGUUGUACCCGACGACGAUGCACCAGUUCCAGCCGAAGCCCCAGCGGAGGACCCUGAAGCUGUUGCUGAGCUAGGUAGAGUGUCUUUUGAAGAGAGCAUCAAAAGCGCCUGUACAAUCGCUGUUCUAGAACUCUUCCCCGACAUCUGUCCUGUUUACGUCCAAGAAACAUGCGAGAGCUUGGCCUAUGACUAUGAGUCUGUGGUCAGCCACAUCCUCGACAAACUCGACGACGGUCCCUCGUAUCCACGCAGAGCGGAUUUGAAGCGGAAGCGCGUGACGAGCUCAGUGGAUGCGACUGCGAAUGGCGUUACCGCCGCGACGAACGCUUUUACAAUCGAUUACAUCGAUGACAGCAGCUUGAGUGUAAAAGAGAGAGAAGAGCGUGCCGCUCGAUUUUUCAACAGCGACGAACGUCGAAGCAGGCACAUGGUGGGCGCGUACACCCCAACAGCUCGCACGCUUUUGCAACAGGCAUACCCAUAUGUGCCCCAUAAGUUCAUCACCACGCAGCUGACUAAACACGGCGACUGCCUCUUGCUUGCCCUACUCGACCUCGAUGAGCACAUAGUUCACAAGGGCCCGCUGCAUCUGGGAUUCGUAUUCAAGAAGACAAAGACCAAGCUAAAUCCGGUCUACUCGAUGGAAUCCCUGCCAGGGAUGAUCCGUAUUGAGGAGUCGGAGUCUAAAAAGGACGCCCUGGAGGAGUACCUUGCGGCUCUCAAAAUUCGACAGCUCCGUAAAGUGAAGCGCGACGAGGAGAGGCAGCGGGAACUCAGCGAAGCUGCCAAUAUCGAGCAGGCCAAGAAGGACGGAACCAUCAAGGAUUGCGAGUGUUGCUUCGGAGACUUCCCCAUGAACCGCAUGGUGCACUGCAAUGCCUCCACUAUACAUUGGUUUUGUGUCGACUGCGCGCGGCGCAUGGCGGAAACCCAAAUCGGUCUCUCCAAGUACGAGCUGGCGUGCAUGUCCAUGGACGGCUGCAAGGCAGGCUUUUCCCGUGCGGAGCGCGACCGCUUCCUCGACCCGAAGACGGCAAUGGCCCUCGACAGCAUCGAGCAAGAGUUUGUCCUGCGUGUCGCCGGCAUCGAGAACCUCGAAACAUGCCCCUUUUGCCCUUAUGCAGCUGAAUACCCACCAGUGGAGGUCAACAAAGAGUUUGCAUGCCAGAACUCCGAGUGCGAGGCCGUCACCUGUCGUCUGUGCCGCAAAGAGUCGCAUAUUCCCAAGAGCUGCGACGAGGUCGAGAAGGAUAAGGGAGCAGCAGUGCGUCUGACGAUUGAGGAGGCGAUGUCACUGGCCAUGAUCCGCAAGUGCAACAAAUGUGGCACACCUUUCAUCAAGGAGCUCGGCUGCAACAAGAUGACGUGCACGCGUGCCGGUUGCUCCAAUGUGCAGUGUUAUGUCUGUCACCAAUCGUGCGAUUACUCGCAUUUUGAUGACACUUCCCGUGGUGGAAAGGCGGGCAACUGCCCGCUGUUUGAGAGUGCCGAGGAACGCCACGAAGUGGAAGUGCUCAACGCCGAGGAGGCGGCCCGUCAAAAGGCGAUCGAGAACAACCCGGAUGUCCACAUUGACCAUCUGAAAUUCCAGGUCUCCGAACAGGUGGCGGCCGACGAGAGCCGCCGUAAGAACGAAGAUGCCGAACGGCGGGCAGCUAAUCAGCGCUGA